GCCCGGGAACCCUGUCGCGGAGGAGGCGCCAUUCCCGAGGCUUUUCUCCUCCGCAUCAGCUCGGAGAGAGUCGGGAGGAUGGCUUCGGAGAUGGAGUCGUCUCUGGAGGUCAGCUUCUCGUCCAGCUGUGCGGUGUCAGGGGCGUCCGGGUGUCUGCCUCCCGCCCGCUCCCGCAUCUUCAAGAUCAUCGUGAUAGGAGACUCGAACGUGGGCAAGACAUGCCUGACUUACCGCUUCUGCGCCGGCCGCUUCCCCGACCGCACCGAGGCCACGAUCGGGGUGGACUUCCGAGAGCGAGCCGUGGAGAUCGAUGGCGAGCGCAUCAAGAUCCAGUUGUGGGACACAGCAGGACAAGAGCGGUUCAGGAAGAGCAUGGUUCAGCACUACUAUAGAAAUGUGCAUGCUGUCGUCUUUGUGUAUGACAUGACCAACAUGGCCAGCUUCCACAGCCUGCCAUCUUGGAUAGAGGAAUGCAAACAACACUUGCUGGCAAAUGACAUACCUCGAAUUCUGGUUGGAAAUAAAUGUGACUUGAGAAGCGCCAUUCAGGUGCCCACAGACUUGGCACAAAAGUUUGCUGACACACACAGUAUGCCUUUGUUUGAGACCUCUGCUAAAAACCCCAAUGAUAAUGACCACGUAGAAGCUAUAUUUAUGACAUUGGCUCAUAAGCUGAAGAGCCACAAGCCACUGAUGCUCAGCCAACCGCCUGAUAACAGAAUAAACCUGAAACCUGAAACAAAGCCUGCAGUGCCGUGCUGGUGCUAAGUCACAGGUAUGCCCGUUAUGGGACUGACUGAGUCUGAAGGGACACUUCUGAGUAAGUGUAAUUAAGUUUGUAAGAUUAAUCUUAAAUAUAAUGGAUCAUCCCACUGUUAGCGUUGUUGCUCUGCCUUUUGUAUUUUGCAUUCUCUUAAUAAGUUUGUCAUUGUGACAACACAAAGAAAAGGUCAGUUUACAGCUGGGAUGGAAAAUGAAGCAAAGAUGGAUGAGCCAGGCCAUAUUUCCAGUGCCAGCCAGGUGAAGCAGGCCUCCUGUGAGCAUGAUACAACUUAAAGGCGUGGUCUUGGUUCCACUCCAUGUCCCUGGACUGUGAAAGAAAUUCGUGUAGGCCACAUUUACUGAGCAGAGCUAAAGGCAAGUGACGAGUUAAUAAGGUGCUUUUAAUUUACUGUGGCAUCCAAGCACUAAAAAACUAAUCAAAAGAACCCAAACACUUGGAGUUUGUUUUAGCCACGACUUUUAAUUGAAAUGUCAAAGCAGGUUCCUGGUGUCCCUUGCCCUCUGCUCCUAUCAGUUGGGAGAUUCAGGGCUGAUUCUGUCAGUAUCUGUUUGGCUGAGAGCUCUGAGGGCCUGCCUCAAGUUGCUGAGUCUACAUGUAUUCCUGUAAUAGUAUUGUUGGGUCAGGUUUUUUUUUUUUUUUUUUUAAUGUCUGAAUUUUAUGGCCACAAACUGUUCUUAUAUAAAAAAUGAGUUAAAUAUUGAAAAUUAUGUGUCCCUCACUGGUGAAAGGAAUUUUGUUUGUUUGUUUGUUUGUUUUUUGAGACAGGGUUUCUCUGUAUUGCUUUGGAGCCUGUCCUAGAACUCUGUAGACCAGGCUGGCCUUGAACUCACAGAGAUCCGCCUGCCUCUGCCUCCUGAGUACUGGGAUUAAAGGCAUGCACCACCAAUGUCUGCCGAAAGAAAUAGUUUUGAAAAAUUUUUGUUUUGCCCUGAAUACUUUUAGUUUGAAUUUAAGACUUUGCACAAAGCAAGUAGCACAUUCUGUUGUUUGCAGAAUGGAGUGUAAAUCAUGUUCGGCCUCAUUCUGACAGCUUACAGCCCUGGGCAAUUUUAGGGGAAAUUAAGCCAAAAUAGACUUUACUUAAAUAUUUUCAGAAUGUAGGAAACAAAGGCACUCAGACCUAGUUUCAGAUUUUUGUUUCAUUAUUCUGAAUGUCUCAAUUGGAAACUUCAGUUACAAAAGCAAGUUUAUUUUACUUAAUAAAUUACUAAGUGAAAGUAAGACUUUUAAGAAAUGGUUGUACAAUUUUAAAUAUUAGGGCCCAGGUUGGCUUUAUUUGCACUGAGAGAGAUUUUUCUUUUUCUUUUUUAAAAUAGGGUGGUCUCACUUUGUAGGCCUGAUUGGCCUGGGACCAGGGCAGCCUCAGACCACCUGCCUCAUCCGCCAACUGCUGGGGAUUAAAGGCUUGUACCAUCAGAACUAGCCUAUUACAUGUUUCUUAAUCAUGCUAGAAUUAAAGAUUAAAAAUUGUCUUACCUAAAUUAAUGCUGACUCGUGAGCUAUUUUUCUAGUGAAACAUGGCUGUAGUAGCUGGUGGCUGUAGAAGUUUUUACAGAAGGGAAUCUGUUCAUUGUUUUUCACACUGUACAACUGGGGAAAGAGCAGGUAGGAUUUCCCAACACAUCUGUGCUUUCCUUCUGUACUGUCCUCAGUGUUUUUUUUUUGUUUUAAAGUAACAGACUGUUUCUUUUUGUAAGGAGUUAAUGAGCAUUCUUUACAAUUCUGAGAAAAGUCUCAUUUCUUCCCUUUAGUAUUUAUUAAUUUAAACAUUUGUAUCUUAGUUGUAACAACCUAUCACUUUAGUAGUUUCUUUUUUUAAAAAGAUACUUAUCUGGAGAGCAAGAUUCUGCCUUUAGAUGUAUUCCAAAGUGUUUGUGAAACACUUGAUUGACUGUUGACACCACUUCCAAAAUGAUGGUGAGCUGUAGUUAUUAAUUUUUUAAGCACAAAUCAAUAUUUUGUACCUCUGUGAAUUUAUUUUAUCUGACAUUUAAUUGGAAGUAUCAUAUUUUAAAAAAAUCUUAAUUUGAGAACCCAAAGCAAACUACUUUAGAAUCUGUUGUGUUUGGCUACAGACUGCUUGAUUGUAUUGCUCUUUCAUGUUUCUUCAACAAGUUCAGUAGUUUUGCUAUAUGAAACUCUUACAUUUCUCCUAUGAAGUAAAAUAAAUCAUCUUUGCCAUGAAGAAA